AUGACGAACACAAGCCAUAUCCCAUUAGCCAUUGUCGGAAUCGGUUGCCGAUUGCCGGGCGAUGCAACGAAUCCCGAUAAGCUAUGGGAUCUUCUAGCCGAUGGAAAAAGCGCCUGGUCGAGAGUGCCAGCGGAUAGAUGGAACGAAGAGGCGUUCUUACACCCAGAUCCGGAUGAUCUAAACGGCACCCACAACCAUGUCGGAGGGCACUUUAUUAGCCAAGAUGUCGGUGUGUUUGAUGCCGGGUUCUUCAACGUGCUUCCUAGCGAAGCUGCGUCAAUGGAUCCCCAACAACGACUUUUGUUAGAGACGACCUAUGAGGCGCUAGAAAGCGCCGGCAUUCGUCAAGAGGACAUGAAAAAGUCAAAUACAGCCGUCUACAUGGCCAUGUUUACGCGAGAUUACGAUCGAAACACUUACAAGGACAUGAUGAGCAUUCCCAAAUAUCACAUCACGGGAACCGGCGAUGCCAUCCUAGCAAACAGGAUAUCACAUCUCUUCGACUUACACGGACCUUCAGUAACAAUCGAUACGGGCUGUUCGGGCGGCAUGGCAGCCAUCAGCCAGGCAUGUCAAGCUCUUCGUUCGGGGCAGUCUGACAUUGCCUUGGCCGGUGCGGCAAACUUGAUACUCAGCCCCGACCACAUGAUUGGGAUGAGCAACCUCCACAUGCUGAACAAGGACGGCAAGUCGUAUUCCUUUGACACCCGAGGUGAGGGAUACGGCCGUGGCGAAGGCAUUGCCACUCUGGUCAUCAAGAGGCUGGACGAUGCCAUCAGGGACAAUGAUCCCAUCAGGGCCAUCCUUCGCGAUGCUGCAAUCAACCAGGACGGUCACACAACGGGUAUCACGCUUCCGAGUGGUUCUGCUCAGGAAGCACUGGAGCGUCAGGUGUGGAACAAUCUGAAUUUGGACCCGUUGGAUGUGGGCUACGUCGAAGCUCACGGCACUGGAACGCUUGCAGGCGAUGGCGCGGAGCUGGAAGGCAUUUCCCGCGUCUUCUGCCAGAAGCGUGAUGCCAGUAACCCCCUAGUUGUUGGCUCGAUCAAGUCCAACAUUGGCCAUCUCGAAUGUGUGAGUGGCCUGGCGGCCAUGAUCAAGGCCAUUCUGAUCCUGGAGCACGGCGCCAUUCCACCCAACGUCAACUUUGAUACUCCAAAACCGAAUCUCAACCUUGAAAAGAAGAAGAUUCAAGUACCCAGAACGCUGCAGAAAUGGCGUCAAGGAGACGUGGCACGGGUCUCAAUCAACAGUUUUGGAUACGGCGGCACCAAUGCCCAUGCAGUCAUAGAGCGGCCAUCUCCACGAGCAGUCGUUGAUGACAACUCGGAGAUGCCUCGCUUAUUCACCCUCUCUGCAGCUAAUCAAGCAUCGCUACAAAGCAUGCUGGCAACCAUGGCCGACUGGGUAUCAAAGCGUGAGGAUCAACCCAUCCUCAGAGAUCUCUCUUAUACACUGUUGGAGCGCCGAUCCGUCAUGCCAUGGCGUUUCAGCUGUGUUGCUGCUUCUCACAGCGAGCUCCUCGAGGCGCUGAGCAAGGCAUCUCAAACCACAGACGCCGCCAGUCGAAUCUCUCCCGAUGUCAAAAUCAACUUUGUCUUUAGUGGUCAAGGUGCUCAAUGGGCAGGCAUGGGCCGUGAGUUGCUCGCCGACCCAACCUUUGACCGUUCUAUCAACAAAUCCAACAAGAUUCUUGCUCAACUUGGGUCCUCGUGGGACUUGGUUGAAGAGCUUCUCCGGGAUAAAGCGACGUCCCGGUUAGGAGAAGCCGAGCUGGCACAACCUGCUACCACUGCCGUCCAGAUUGCCUUGGUGGACAUGGUCCGCACCUGGGGCGUCGUUCCUGAUGCAGUUGUUGGCCACUCUAGUGGUGAGAUCGCAGCUGCAUAUGCGGCAGGGCAUCUUUCACAGCAUCAGGCCGUCAAAGCAGCGUAUUAUCGUGGCUUUUCGUCGAGCAUAGCGAAGAGCAAGGGCUUUGGAAAGGGAGGCAUGCUCGCCGUUGGCCUUGGAGAAGAUGAAAUCCAACCGUAUCUGGAAAAGCUCCAGCAGGGAAAAGCAGUCGUUGCUUGCCAGAACAGCCCCAGCAGCAGCACAAUCUCUGGAGACGAUGCUGCCAUCUUUGAGCUUUCAGAGCUGCUUACCAAGGAUGAUGCUUUCAACAGACGGCUGCUUGUCGACACUGCAUAUCACUCCCACCACAUGCAAGCAGCGGCUGGCGAGUAUCGAGCCAAGCUGGGCAACAUCGAGCAGAGCGAUCUGCCGGCCACUGGUGUCAAGAUGUUCUCCUCAGUCACUGGGUCUCUCAAAUCGAGCCAGUUCGAUGGCGACUACUGGGUCUCGAAUCUUGUGGGUAAAGUGAGGUUCUGUGACGCUCUUCAAGCUCUGUGUCGAGCAGAUCAAGCAUCAGCACAGGAUGUACAGCCCCAUCGCAUAUUCAUUGAAAUCGGCCCUCAUGCCGCUUUAGCUGGGCCGGCACGACAAUGCAUUGCUGAGCUGGAGGAGCCUCUUCCGUACAGCUACACCUCUGUUCUUGUUCGUGGAACUCACUCAGUGCAAAGUGCGUUGACUAUGGCCGGCAGCCUGUUUUCGCGCGGUUACUCGCUGGAGACAGCCGCAGUUGCGGCAUCAGAUCGAACAAGAAUUAACGCAACUGUCUUGUAUAAUCUCCCUUCAUACUCGUGGGACCACAGCAAGAGGCAUUGGCACGAGUCUCGCCUAAGCAGGGAUUACCGCUUGCGCAAACACCCUUACCACGACUUGCUCGGCCUUCGGAUGACAGACAAUACGCCUCUUCGGCCGGUAUGGAGACACUUGAUUGGCGUCGAGGGCCUCCCAUGGCUGAGGGAUCAUGUCGUCGAUGACCUGAUUGUUUUCCCUGGUGCGGGUUAUUUAUGCAUGGCAAUGGAAGCAGCUUCACAACUGGCUUCUGAUCGCUAUGCCGAAAAGAAGAUUGAACGAAUGAGAAUACAGAAUGUCUCGUUUCUCAAGGGUCUUGUUGUUCCUGAAGGCCGUGCCCGGGUGGAAUUGCAGCUCGCCUUUAACCCCAUCGAAGGAGCCGACACCAAAACCACGAUGCAUCACAGCUUCUCAGUAACGGCUUGUACAAGCGAUGACGUUUGGAAUGAACAUUGCCGUGGAUCCAUUGUAGUUGAAUUUGCAUCAGACCAGCAGCAGCGGUUUGAGACCUUGACCACGUAUGGAGAAGUCUCAAGGCAGCUUGAUCUGGCCUCUACUCAGAGCAUCCAACAAAGCCAACUCUAUCAAGACCUUAGAAAGGUCGGCAACGCAUAUGGACCGACGUUCUCGGGGAUUAAGGAAAUACACCUCGGCGACGGGUUUGCCUCUUCUACCAUUGCAAUUCCUGAUGUGCGGUCUGUCAUGCCUGCAAAACACAUUCGACCACAUAUUAUCCAUCCCACCACCUUGGAUAUACUGCUGCAUACGACUUUGCCUCUUGUUAACCACAAGCUGGGCGCAGGUUCCGUUAUGCCUGUCCGCCUUGACGAUCUGGUCCUGUCUUCUGAUAUAGACAACGCACCCAGUGCCAUCUUCUCAGCAGUUACUACUUUGACAUCAAGUCAUUUCAGAGCAGCAGAAGCGGACAUGGUCGUGUUUCCUGGGAACGGUGACUUGACAGCUACUCCAGUUCUCUCGGUUUCGGGCAUGGAGUUGCGUAGCUUAGCGUCCGAAGGCCUAGACGAUGCCGCUGUGGACCAACGAAACCUUGCCUAUGGAAUGUUUUGGGGGCCGGACGAGAGAUUUCUUUCAGCAAAGUCACUUGAAUCACUGGAAACAACGGCUUCUGAGAGCCCGUUGAGUCGCUGUUUAGCUUCGCUAUCAGAGUACCUAAAGCACAAGGCGUUCAAGCAGUCUGACCUCUCUGUAAUUGAGAUUGCCGGCGGUAACACAGAUGCCACUCUAGCAUUCCUCAGGGCCUUGGACUUGCAUAAGAUCGUUCCAUCUACUUAUGACUUGGCCUCGCAAGACAAGUCCGAUAGCGUCGCCAGUGAGCUACAGGAGUGGUCUACUAUGCUCAACUUCUCAUCGCUCGAUAUCGAGGAGGACAUUGUGAACCAAGGCUUCCAAGAAGACUUUUAUGAUGUUCUCUUCGUUUGCAAUACUGCGAGCAAUACGAAUCUUCCACAGAACUUAUGGAACGUGCGCCAGCUCUUGAAACUUGAUGGCGUCUUGUUAUUGAUUCAGGAUACCACUUCCUUGUCUGCGGAUGAGUGGUCGAAUGAACUUUCUGACGCGUCUUUUGAGUUGCAAUUUGCGGUAGAGGCUGACAACCUCAGUUUCAUGGUCGCAAGAGCUGUUGAUUCCUCGCCCUCUUCUAUUAGCAUCAGAUUCAUCGUCGAACCGAGUCUGCUACCUAGCAUGAGCAGCGUCAUCGACGAGCUUCCAAAUGCCCUAAUGACAAAAGGAGUCUAUGUUACAGCAGAGCCUACAACCUCUUGGGACGGCCAGCGGCCAAAUGACGACGCCGUCAAUAUUGUCAUUGACGAUGGCUCUAACCCUAUCCUGUCGGGCGUCAGUGAAGAGACGUUUCGACACAUCGUGGAUCUCUUACAGAAGCCCGCAAAUGUCCUUUGGCUAAGUAUGCAAACAGACGAGAAAGACGCGACGAACCCCAAGAAGCAUCUGAUCACGGGUGUAGCACGAACUGCACACGCUGAGAACGAUCGUCUUGAGAUGGUGACGGUCGAUGUGCAGCAAGCGUUUACCGAGGAGACUUGCCCAGCGCUACUCGAUUUCAUUGCCAAGAUGAUUGCAUCUUUCCCCAAGAAAGGAGCACCGCGUGAGCGAGAGUAUAUUUACACGGGCAGCGAGGUUUUGGUUCCCAGAGUCAUCCCCAGUGACACUCUCAACCGACAAAUCUCAGGCAAGAACGAUAAGAUCACGCAACUUGAGAGUUAUACGCACUUCCGUGUGCCACUCAAGCUGGACACCCGCAAGGACGGCGCUGCUCAUACCGUGUUUGUCGAGGAUGAGAGCCAUCACGAGCCACUGGACGAAACUUGCAUCGAAAUCGAUGCCCGAGCGUUUGGACUUGGCUCAAACUCUUCCAAGGGCAGCAUCACAGUGAGCGAGUAUGCGGGCGUUGUAGUUGCAAUAGGCUCCCGUGUAUCUGCUUUCAAGAUUGGCGAUCGUGUUGUCGCCUGGGGCACAGAGGCCUUUGCAAGCCGCCCAAGAGUGGUCUCAUCGCAGGCGCAACUAUUGCCAGAUACGAUUUCCUUUGCCACUGCUGCAGCCUUGCCCGUGUCUUUCAUGACGGCAUGCCAUGCACUGACUGGCAUUGUCGAUAUCCAGCCUGAACAAGUUGUCCUCGUCGAUGGAGCCACGAGUGAUGUUGGCCAGGCUGCCAUAUUGGUGGCGAAGCAUCUUGGAGCUCGCGUGAUUGGGGCUGUGAAUAGAUCAGAUGAAGCCGCAUUUUUGCAGCAAGCUUUCGGCAUGCCAUCAGAGGAUGUCAUUCCCCGCGACAGCCCUUUCCUCAAGGGUCAACUGCGAAAGAUUGUUGGAACUGGUGGAGUUGACGUUGUACUUGGUUGUGCAGUGUCAUCUAUUCCAAAAGAGAUGGUAAACGCCCUGAAGCCAUUCGGAACAUUGGUGCAGAUCCGCAGUCGUGGCAUCGCACAGGCUGUCAAUGGAACUGUCGCCACCUUUGAUCUUGGGUCGCUCACACAAGCAAAUCCUCAGAAAGCGUCCCAACUCCUCGAGCGAGUCAUGAAGAUGGUUGGCCAGGGAUUAUCCCUGGCACCUUUCAAGAUGACUACUCUGCCGCUGAACGGACUCGACGAGGCGCUGAGACUUGCUCGAUCAGAAAGCGUGGGUAAAUGCGUGGUCCAAGUUGACGAUGUUGCCAUGGUCAAGGUUGAACGGCCAAGUUAUAUUCGCCCAAGACUUGAAGCCAGCGCCACGUAUGUAGUUGCCGGUGGUUUGGGUGACUUGGGCCAGAGAUUCCUACGCCUUAUGGCAAAGGCCGGUGCUCGAUACUUUGUUACGCUCUCGAGAAGUGGUGCCACCGCAACUCAGCACCAAGCUAUUGAGAAGCAACUUCAAGAGCUGAGCCCUGGCUCUCUCUUGCACUGCCUGAAAUGCGACGUCUCUCAAGAAAGCAGUGUCAAGGCAGCACUCUCUGAGAUCAAAGCUGCGGGAUUGCCCACCGUCAAAGGCAUCGUUCAGGCCAGUCUCGUUCCGAGAGACUCGACACUGGAUACCAUGACUGCUGAAGACUUUGACAGCGUCCUCCAAGCAAAGGCGUUUGGCACAUUGAACCUUCAAAAGGUGUUUGAGGCAGAAGACUUGACCUUUUUUAUCUCACUUUCAUCGGCAGUCAACAUCAUUGGUUCAGCUGGACAAGCCAACUACAACGCUGCAAACUCUCUACAGGAUGCGGCUGCUCAAUUCGACCGAAGCUCAGGUUGCUUCCACAUGGUCCUCAACAUGGGAUUGAUUGAAGACGCAACAGUAAACAGCGACAUCAUUAUGCAAUCGCUACAACGUCAAGGCCUGACAACGAUUCGCCACGAUGAAUUAGACGCAUUCUUCGAGUACGCACUCAGCACAGAGCCCCGUCAGGUUGGACUUUCCCAAGCCGUGAUUGGCUUCACGCCGGAGAGCUUGGGAGAGACUAUUACCGUCAACGGCACCGCGAAAACGCUCAUGUUCACCCACGUUCGUCAAACGGCAAAGAGGCAGGCGGGCGAUGACACGUCUAAAAAGACAAGGACGUUUGAAGAAUUUGUUGCUCAGACGGACGACAAGGAUGAAAUCGUGGCCUUUGUAGCUGAGCUGAUCCGCAACCAGCUUGCGUAUCUCAUCUCCAUUGAACCUCAAGACGUGGGCUUGGAUGAGUCUAUUGUCGAUCUCGGUCUUGACUCGUUGAUUGCCAUUGAGCUUCGUAAUUGGAUCAUGAGAGAGUUUAGCGCCCCAAUUCAAUCGUCAGAAGUUCUCGACAGCUUGAACUUGUUGGCGUUGGCAGACAAGGUGACGGUACGCUCCAGCCUACUAGGCGAUGACCAGACCGAUGGUUAUAUCGGCGAGAGUGAAAUGCUCCCUGCGUCGACUCAUGCAACGACUCGGGCGCCUUCUCAAGAGCCGGCCAAGAGACUGAGGCCACUUCCCAUUGCAGAUCUUUCUGAUACUCUGAAAAUGUUUGCCGAUUCUCGAAAGGCAAUCUGCUCUCCAGAGGAAUUGGAGGAGAUGGGCCCUGUUCUCGAAGACUUUUCCACCUCUGGUAAGGAAUUGCAGGAGCUUCUUCGGACCAGUCCAUCAGGCCUCGAUACUCGAUCCGAGUUUUACGACAACCACAUUCACAUGGAGCGCCGUGAGCCUCUGCAAGAUCACGCUCUCUUCUGGAUUGGUCACCUCACUGAUGGUGCUCCGAAACAUACGCAGGCUGAGCGAGCAGCUAUCGUUACUGCAGCUGCGUUCAACUUCAAGAAGCGGCUUGAGAAUGGAUUACUCGAGCAACACACGCUCAACGAAGUCAAUUUGGAUAUGGAAUCGUUACAAUGGUUGUUCCACACUUCGCAGGAACCGGGGCUGGAAAUUGAUCUGGCACAAAAGUAUGCUCCCAACAACAAGGUGGUUGUGAUGCGCAGAGGCCACUUGUAUGAGAUUACCGUACACGAGGAUGAUGAUUAUGCGUCACUAAAGAGAGUCUUUGCCGAAAUCCUCGCGUCGUCUGAACAGAGUCUGCCGCCAGUCUCCGUGUUGACAACCAAGAAGCGAGACGAAUGGGCCGCACUUCGCACACAGAUAAAGAGCUACGGCCCCAAUAAUGCUGCUAUUGUUGACACUAUCGAGUCAGCUGCAUUUGUGGUGUCUUUGGAUGACACCGCGCCAGAGACUUCUUCCGAGCGCUGCACUUCUAUCCUUCUGAAUGACCGCCACCUCACCAAUCGCUGGCUAGACAAGAUGCUCCAGUUCACCGUUGCCGCAAACGGCGUAUCUGCUCUCGUGGGAGAGAAUUCCAAGCUCGAUGGAUUGACCACCAGGCAACUCAACGAGUACAUUACCGAUGAGAUCUUCGACACAAAAAGCGUGGGCGACGGGGUUCCCGCCUCCAUUGUCCGCGAACUCAUUCUAGAAACAUCGCCUUCGAUUGAGCAGGCCAUCGGUGAACAGACACAGAGAAACUUGGCUCACUACCACAUCAUCGGAUCAUCUCGCCGUCAUUAUCCCGCGCUUAACCGAUCUUUCAUCGGCAACAAGGGCCUACGCUCAAAGGGUACUGUCUUGAUGGCAAUUCUCAUGGCAACGCGCAUGUUCUACGGCCACUUUGAGCCCGUCUGGGAAACAGUCACUCUCGCCAAGUACGCCAGAGGCCGAAUCGACUGGCUCCAAAACUUGACCCCUGACAUUGUUGCUUGGGUUGAAGCCGCUUUGAGCUUUAAGCAGAGCGGCAAGGGUGAUGUCACGGAGUUGGCAAGCAAGCUCAAGGAGGCUACCAUCAGCCACGUCCAGUCACUACGACGGGUUGCAGACGGUCGCGGAUACGUGGAAUCGCUUUAUUCGCUCAUGGGCAUUGCCUUGGCUGAGGGAAAAGAGGUGCCCGCCUUGUUCCGCUCUGCGGCAUGGAAGAAUAGCGAUAGACAUCUCAGCCCGAAGAAGGUGAAGACGGAUUGUCUGGGCUCUGGUGGCUACUUGAGGAUGCAGGAGGGCGGGUUUUUGAUGCCUAAUCCGGGCAGUAUCUUUGUUCAUUACGAGGUUCAUCAUUCGGAUCCUUUGGUUAUUGUCAACGGCCGGGAGGAUGAUACUGCCCGAUUUGAAGGAUAUUUGGUCGAAGCUAUGGAGACAGUGCGGACGAUUGUUGCACAGGGCUAUCCUAAGGUGUAA